UUGCUAUUCCAGCACCUACUAACUAAGCCAGCUCGGUAUUAACGAGAGAACUCUGAAAAUUAUCUCCUCUUCCAGGAAAAAGGGUGAGAACACUGAUACUUGACUCCUGGUGCAAGCAGUAAUACUCUUCAGAUGCAAACUGAAAGCCAACACAGCAAAGAGCUUCAACUGGCUUGGACUUGUAUGUCAGCAGAAUGGUUUAUUAUGUUCAACUGUUGGGGAUUUCUUGUUGCUGGUGAUGGGUGAACCUGAAAAAACACAGCUUGACUUGCACAUCACAUGCUCCUCUGUGGCCCAGUGUCCUGAAGACAAGAGGUUCUGGCUGAUCAGGAGUCUCUGUUAGCAGUUCAGGUUGGCUGGAGAAUGGAAGGUGUUGAGUUUAAGGAAGAAUGGCAAGAUGAAGAUUUUCCAAGGCCCCUGCCAGAGGACGAUCCUGUUGAGUCAGAUAUAUUGGCUGCAGCUGGAACAGAAAGUGAAGCUGAGGUUAAUGGAACCAAAGUGAGGAAGAAAUUAAUGGCUCCAGAUAUUAGCUUAACUUUGGAUCACAGUGAGGAAUCUGUUUUGUCUGAUGACUUGGAUGAGAGUGGAGAGAUUGAUUUGGACGAUUUGGAUACUCCUUCAGAAAACAGCAAUGAGUUUGAAUGGGAAGAUGAUCUUCCGAAACCAAAAACUACUGAUGUAAUUAGGAAAGGAUCACUUACUGAAUACACUGUGGUAGAGGAGAAGGAUGAUGGUCGACGCUGGCGAAUGUUUAGGAUUGGAGAACAGGACCAUAGGGUGGACAUGAAGGCUAUUGAACCAUACAAAAAAGUUAUCAGUCAUGGUGGUUAUUAUGGUGACGGGUUAAAUGCCAUUGUUGUGUUUGCCGUUUGUUUUAUGCCUGAAAGCAGUCAGCCUAACUACAGAUACCUAAUGGACAAUCUAUUUAAGUAUGUAAUUGGCACUUUAGAGCUGUUAGUAGCAGAGAACUAUAUGAUAGUUUACCUGAAUGGUGCAACAACGCGGAGAAAAAUGCCAAGUUUAGGCUGGCUUAGGAAAUGUUACCAGCAAAUUGACAGAAGGUUAAGGAAAAACCUGAAGUCAUUAAUCAUAGUUCAUCCUUCUUGGUUCAUCAGAACGCUUUUGGCCAUCACAAAACCUUUUAUUAGCUCAAAAUUCAGCCAAAAAAUUAGGUAUGUCUUUAGCCUGGCAGAACUAGCUGAACUCAUCCCCAUGGAAUACGUUGGCAUCCCAGAAUGCAUAAAACAGUAUGAAGAAGAAAAGUUUAGAAAGAAACAGAAAAGAGUUGACCAAGAGCUGAAUGGAAAACAAGAGCAGAAAAGUGAACAGUAAGUUUGGAGUCCAAAUAAGACUGAAGAAUAUGCAGAUGGAAUGAUGCUAUUUUUGCUCCAUUUACAAUGCAUUCUCUGCGUGUUUGUAUAUAUUAUAUAACCUGUUGCAAAAGGUGCUUAAUUUCUUUGAACUGGCACACAAUGGACUGCUUACUGCUGUAUUGGUUUGUCCUGACUUUAAUAGCUAUGUUCAUGUAAUCAUUUUAUAUUGCUAAAUGUCAAAGAACCCCAUGUUUUCAGAGGAUGUUCUUGCAAUUGUUUAUCUAAAUGAUGCAUGUUCUUCAGUAAAAUAUUUAUAUACCUAAAUGUUAAAGGAAAGAGAUAAUAUAUAUUUUUAUGACUGAGCAAUAUAUUGUGUGUACCUGCUGAAGGAAUUCAUUUGCAGGUAGACAAGGCAAUGAGUUACUUGUAUAAAUCUGUUUUGCUGUAAAUGGUCAAGUGCAUUUCUUUUGUUGUCACAGAAUCCUUACUUUGUUUGGAUAUUAACAGUCACGUAAUGUAGUCUUUCACAAGUGUGGAGACCCUUAUUUUUGCUCACAUACCUAAUAGAAUCAGUACUCAUUUCCUCACUAGCGUGAGCUUUGGUGUCCUUUAGUCCGUUGUUUAGAAGGUGGAACUGCAGUUCUAUGAACUUCAGUCUGUUGGCCAAGGCUUGAAGCCUAAACCACAAGAGAAGCGGAACGGUUUGAAUGACUAGUCAGAUAUCGGACCUUUCCCAAUGUAAGCUGAAAAUUCAGAUCCUGUUGCAGUAAAUCAAGGCUAUCUCAGCUACCAGUAGGAAAUGAGUUCAUUGUGGCUCUUCCUGAAUGAGUAUUUGUUGUCACCAAUAGGAACUCUGGUCAUGCUUAGUAGAGCUUGGGAAUUACACAGAUAAUUCUGGCCAAAAUAUCAAUUGUUUGCAGGUGUAUGGGGAGUCUUACGCUACCUGUGUCAUCCUGGCAGAUGGAACAUGCAAUUCUAAAGUUCUUAGUUUGAUAUGUGAUACCAGCACUAAUUUCACUUAAAUUAUUUUAAGGUUGUGGUCUUUUUUCUCCCCACAAUGGUAGUAAAUGUGUAUCUAUGAGAGGUGUUCUUGGACAUGUAACUAGUGUUUAUAGGUUUAUCAGGGCAACAAUAAUGCACUGGUUGAUAUGCUGUAAAAGUUUGUAACAUCUUUUGAUAAUCACUGCUAUUACCCUGUAAGGACAGGUGCAUGCAAAUAAACCCAUUCAGGAGCUGAGCAACAUAAUAUUGUAGCAAAUAUAUUAAACCUUCACUUCUGGUUUUUACUGCAGUCACAAUUUUGUCUUCACGCCAAAAAUAUCAAUACUUAAUUAUAUUACAAGUUAGUUUUAUAGUUCUCUUAUUUAAAAAAAAAAAAAAGUUGUGUUCAACUAGAUUACUACCUGCCACUGAUAAAUAGCAGUCAAGAGAUAGUUCCAUGGUCAAGACCUAUUACCAAUUAACAAUAAAUCUACAGUCUCUAAUGAUACAUGCAUAGACCCUGAUAGCGUAUUCGUGUCAGAUGAGGGCAAGUUGCCGGUGUCUCUGGGAAUUACAAGUCUGCAAUUCGGAGAUUUUCAUCUCCAGAUCUAGGUCCUUCUGUUACAGCAGCUUCUGUAUCGCAGUUCCAAAGAGAUUUUGUGUGCAGGGUGUUUUUGAACAGGUGGUGCUAAUGUCAAGCUGCCUUCCAUCAUGUCAUCAGGUUUGGAUCUUGCUCUGAAAGCAGAACACGGAUGCGAACAGUAAAUAAACUGUUGGGGCUGUCUUUUCUCUCCUGCUUCAGUUUUGAUGUUGACCCUAGAUUCAUGUAAAGUUCUGGUCUGUAAAUUGGACACUCGCAGCCCGCUCGCUUCUAAUCCUUCCAGUGUGGUGUAUAAGUGUGCAAACCUGCACACCUUCCCGAGUUCUCCUGAUUCCGUGUGGGCCCUAAGCUAGAUACUAAGCAUUCUAAUCAUCUCACUUCCAAUUUUUCCUGAUUAACAAAAGUACUCUUCUCAGUUAAAUCAUAUUCUUAGUGAAAGGAUUGUAGUUCUACACGUUUUACUUCCUAUGUGUAUAGUGCAGUAUAGAGUAGCCAGUCCUUUGUAUAGGCCGUAUUAUCAAGUAAUGGGAUUGUUAUUGUCUUCCCUGGUGGCUGAGUGGUUCUACAAUUCCAUGCCGCAGUAGCACUAUUUCUUUUUGAAAUGCGUAUGUGCUUACCGAAUGGUUUAUUUCUCUAGUAUAAGCUUUUGUGAAUGAAUAUGCAGCAUGACAGUUCUUCUGUCCCUAAAGGCGUGUGGCUGAAGAAACAGGUGUACUAAAGAAUUAUUCCCCUUUGACCUUUUGCAGUUCAUCAUUUAAUGGUGAGGUGCAUGUUUACUAAAAGGGAAGAGGUCCCAAAGUUAUGGGUAACUUUUUGUCAAACCUACCUUUUUUAAAAUUCUAUAAAAUUAAUAUAUUUUAAUAUUUAAAAACAUGAGAAGCUGUAUUAAAGUUAUUUUAAAACUCGACUCACUUUGGAGUAAGAUACAGUAUCAUAGGAAAUUCAUCUUUCAAUAGCUCUUCCUUCCAAAAGUACAGUUUCCGUUGCUAGAAUACAGUUUGAGCCCUGUCAAGAAGAGAUAAUUUCACAAGUCACUAAUUUACCUUUGAUUUAGAGGGCCCAUUAGCCUAUUUAUAUGUGCGUGUGUGGUAAUAAGUUGCUAGUUAUCUUUUUGCUAUUACUGUGUGCAACUGAAAUUGAGGCGUUUGGGCCAGCGGCCCCUCUGUGUAUGUGGCCUUUAGUAAAUUGAUUUCUACAAUAGGGGAAGUGUUUGGAAGUGGCAAAGAUAUUUUGGAGAAAGUGUCAUGAAAAACUGAUGUAAGUAGGCUCAGGAUUGCUUGAAUGUUCUUGAUGUUCUGUGUGGUAUGGCAAAGCCACGUGCCGUUGGAAAGUAACGGAGUGUCUGAGGAUUUAGUGCUGAAGCAGAUCGAAGUCUUUGAGGUCCUUGUUUGUUAAAAUGGAGAAGUUUUGGUUCCAAAAAGCGUAGAACUAGUUAGCAUAGUACAUAGCCUUGUUCAUAACAAUGCUGUUUAGCAUAUUUCUUCCCCUUUAUUUUCAGCAAACACGCAAAGAAUAGUACUUCUUGCUGUGAGGAGCUUUGUACUGAAAAACAGUAGUUGUGUUCUGAAUGGCACACCGUUAGUAUGUACCCUGUUUGUUGGCAUGUUUCAGCACGUUUGUGAAUUCAUACACUUAAAUGCUCUAAUGACAGUUUAAAGCCUUUCAACGGUUAAUUUGUGUCAGACUUCAAGAUUAGAUUGCAUGUCAAUAAUGGAAUCCUUUCUGAAAUGACCUCAAAGUGUGUCACAGGGAGAGGGUGCCAGUGGUGCCUAGUCGUGGGUCAGCUUCACGGAUGUCAUCUGCUGAAAUGACUGUAGUUAACUGAAAAGAAUGGAACUACGUUGUGAAUGGGCGCUUUCUAAACUAAAUCUGUCACAAAAGUAACUUUCUUGGUGAAAAGUAAAUUUUUGUCUGUGUAUCCUAUGGAUUUAUACAGUAUUUAUUACAUAGAAAGAUGGCUUAAAUGCAUCUCUUACCAAAAGCUGUUGUCUUUGGAGAUGGCUUUAAUUCUCCAGUUAUUCCAGUCUCCCUGAGAAAAGUCUCCUAUGAGGAACGAUGGGGAGGGACAGCAGCUUGCAUACUUUUUGUAACCACAGGUCUUGUAUAGCUUUCAGUGAAAAUUGUUAUUCAAUCCUUGUGGAUGCAGGUCAUUCUCUAGAGGAUUUGUUUCACUGACUAGCUGGCAGAGGCAUUUGAAAUAAGUGCUUUAAUUGUACUUUCUAAGGAUACCUGGGUUUAGUCAGUGGCACUCUGAAAUGUAAGGAAUUUUUAAAUAGUCAUAUUGUGAAAGAUCUUGCAGCUUUCCUAGCUUCAGAAUUGUAAGCUGAACUAUGUGGUUUCCUUUAUUGCAUCUUGUUCCCUAUGUUGAGCUAACGGAGGGGAAAGGCAUUUGUGAAGGGAAGAGGUAUAAGUUGUGUUAGUUUCUCAUCAUUCCCUUCAAGCAUGACUGAGAUCAGUGAAAUCAAAGCCAUUCUUUUCUCAACUAGUCUUUUUUCAGUUUUGCAAUUUGGACUACCCAGAUUACUUUGAUUUAAACAUACUGGUGGGUGGUGGUUGUUUUUUUUUAGUAUUGAAAACUAUCUGAGGAGAAGCUACUGGAGUGUUUUCAAAAAGUCAAGUCCUUAUCUUACCAUGCUGCUUACUCAGCUGCCAUUUAAUAUUUAUGACACGCAAUUCCAGGUUAAUAAUUACAAAACAUGUUGAUGGCAGACAGAUGCUUGCUUUCCCAGUGGCUCUGCAGUUCUGCAGCGUUUCUUACUCAGUCAUCUGAUCAAAGCCCUUUUAUUAAAAAGCAAAGCCUGAGUAGUGGGGUGCGCUACCAGGCGGGUGGUAGAUCGAAGGGUGAAGACAAUGUCUAUUAGUACCAGUAAACUUUAAUACGUGUGAUGUGGGAAAUGUGCAGUGUUUCACAAAAGGAAGCUGCAGUAAUCAUGCAAAACCACAGUUUGUGAGUAGUAGGUGAUAUAACUGGCCUAAAUUGACUAUUGAUGUUCUUCACAGAUGUGACUAUUUUCCUUUGCCCCUUUAAUAUAAUGUACAAGACUCUUCACCUACCUCUUAAAAUGUUACGAUCCUUUCUUUUUAAAUGAGCUGCUGUUUUCUGUUCGUGUUGCGAAGCGUCACGGAGUAACGCAAUGAAUGCAUUUCUGAAUGUGCUAGCUGUUAAUACGGGAAACUUUGGAAACUUUUUUAAUUAGGAGAAAAAUAAAUGCUGUAUGCAAUAAAUCCCUUUGGCAAAGGUC